CGAAACAGAAAGCCACCCCUUUCACCGUGCGCACGAAAGGGAACACCACUACAACGCACCCCGAAUCGGGCAGACAAAAAAAGGAAUUCGCCAUUUUAAAAAGUCUAUCACUUGCUGCUGCUGGUACUACUGCUGCUGCUGCUGCUCCGAUUGCUCCCUGCAGUAUCGGAUACGGAAAGAGUCGGACGAAGGUGGAGUGUGUGUGUGUGUGUGGGGGGGUAAAGCAGAACGAACCACUGAAUUGCAUCGUCCAAUUUUCCGCUGUGCUGGUUUCCGAGUGCCUGUUCCGCAACAUGGUGUAACUGAGAAAGAUCGUCGUUUCUGUGCUCUUGCGACCCUGCCGUACACACGGCCCACCCCCCGGAUGCGGGUGUGCGUGAGCAAAAAGCAGAAUUAAAAAAUUGUAUGUGUGCACAGCAGGAAGUGAUUACAUGUGCAAGUGCAAUCCUCCAAGUGUGAACUAAACGCUUCCGUUAGUGAUAAAAAAAACAAAACAAAAAAAGCAGCUGCAGGAACAUCUCCACCCGGGUAGACGGCACCGUCACGGUUCAGCAAAGUGGAUACUAAAAGCAACCUGGGUCUUUCCCAGGAUUUUGAAAGGAUGGUGGGGCUGACGGGUGGAUCGCAUCUCUAUGCGGCCGGCAUACCGGCGGCCGCACAGGAAAUCGUCCGCGACAUGGCAGCGAUGCCAACGGCCGCCCCGACCAGUGCGGACGCCUGCCUGAGCAUCGUCCACUCGCUGAUGUGCCACCGGCAGGGAGGCGAGAGCGAAGGCUUCUCCAAGCGCGCGAUCGAGUCGCUGGUGAAGAAGCUGAAGGAGAAGCGGGACGAGCUGGAUUCGCUCAUCACGGCCAUCACGACGAACGGCGCACAUCCGAGCAAGUGCGUCACGAUACAACGCACGCUCGAUGGUCGCUUGCAGGUCGCAGGACGCAAAGGAUUCCCACACGUCAUCUACGCCCGCAUCUGGCGCUGGCCCGAUCUGCACAAGAACGAGCUCAAGCACGUCAAGUUCUGCCAGUUUGCGUUCGAUCUGAAGUGUGACUCGGUGUGCGUUAAUCCGUACCACUACGAGCGUGUCGUGUCGCCCGGAAUCGAUCUUUCGGGGCUCACGCUGCAGUCCGGUCCGAGCCGGCUCAUCAAGGACGAGUACACACCGGGCUCGGUCGUCGGUGGCGGUAUGGACAUCGAUGGCAAUGAAAUCGGCACCAUACAGCACCAUCCCUCGAUGGUGGCGAGUGGUGCAUACGGCACCAUGUCAAUGCAUCCGCAAGUGCCCGACCCAUCACAGUUGGGCGGCUUGUAUGGAGCUAGCAGCGGUCCACGGCCGAUACCGAAGCUAGAGUCCGCCGACCCGUCCCGAAAUAGUGGCCCGAGCAGCUGGAUGAGCGGUGCCGGCAGCGUCGGUGGGCCUUCGUCCGCUGCGGCUGCCAUGCUGUCGGCCUCGUCCGGCGGCCAGCAGCAGCACGCUCGUUUGUCUUCCUCAUUACCGCUUUCAUCCGUCAUCGGUGGUCCGCCCGGUAUGGUGAACAAUGGUUUGAGAGCGCCACCGAGCUCACAGCAACAGCCACAGCAGCAACCAUCACAGCAGCCACAGCCUUCAUCACAGUCCAACGCCCAGCUUACGAACGGUGGCAGCAACGGUCUGCUGGGCAGCUCCAGCCAAGCGGGCGGAAGCGGCGGAUCCAGUGGCGGCGGGUUGCUCGGUACGGACGGGUCGCAGUACUACACCAGUGCGGCCGACCCGUCUAUGGGAAACGACCCACAAACGGGAAUGGGCGGUCCGGCCAGCAUGUCCGGAUCGCUUUCGGCCACCUCGCCCGUCUCGCCCCAUCUGCAGCAGAACGGAUACGUAUCCGCUAGCAACGGUCAGUCGGCACAGGCCGGUGGUCCCGCCGGUGGGCAAGCGCAACCGAGCCAAUCGGCCGCCCAACAGUACCAGCCACAACAGCAGCAGCAGCAACAACAACAACAACAGCCACAGUCGCAACAACAACAGCAGCAGCAACAACAACAGCAGCAGAGCGGCUCUGCCACCUGGUCCGGUUCGAAUACGCUGAACUACACGCAAUCGAUACAGCCACCGGCACACGCGAGCGGCUCGCACCAGCAGCAAGCGUCGCAACAGCAGUCACAGUACUGGCCCCACGGUUCCGGCGGUUCAUCCAGCGCCGUUGUGGCGCCGUCUGGUGCCAGUGUCGGCAACGCGACCGGCGGACAGCUGGCCGGUGAGUUGCCCGGUCAGCAGCGGCUGCUGUCGCGCCAGCCCGCACCCGAGUACUGGUGCUCGGUGGCUUACUUUGAGCUGGACACCCAGGUGGGUGAAAUGUUUAAAGUGCCCUCUAACCGCCCGAACGUCACCAUCGAUGGGUAUGUGGAUCCGUCCGGUGGCAAUCGCUUCUGUCUCGGUGCGCUUAGCAAUGUGCACCGAACGGAACAGAGCGAAAAGGCAAGGCUACAUAUUGGGAAAGGUGUACAGCUGGAUCUGCGCGGCGAAGGGGACGUCUGGCUGCGGUGUCUCAGUGACCAUUCAGUAUUCGUACAGAGCUACUACCUCGACCGGGAGGCCGGCCGAACGCCAGGCGAUGCCGUACACAAAAUCUAUCCCGGAGCGUGCAUAAAGGUAUUUGACUUGCGACAGUGUCAUUUGCAGAUGCAAUCCCUCGCCAACUGUGCCCAGAAAGCGGCUCAGAUGCAGGCCGCUGUUGUGGCGGGCGUAUCAGCCGUUGGAGCUCCUAGAAGUCUUUCCGCGGCGGCUGGCAUCGGGGUGGACGAUUUGCGGCGCCUCUGCAUCUUGCGAUUGUCGUUCGUGAAGGGUUGGGGCCCCGACUAUCCCCGACAGUCGAUCAAAGAAACGCCCUGCUGGGUCGAGGUGCAUCUGCACCGGGCCCUGCAGCUGCUGGACGAGGUGCUGCACCAGAUGCCGAUCGAUGGGCCGCGAGCAAUCGAGUAAAACCAACCGAGCGCGCAACAGAUCGGUUUGCGGGGUCAGCGACGGACAGGACAUUGCUACACAUUGCUGCCCCCAAGGGAGGAAAAAAAAACAACAAAUGCCCUAGGCGUUUUGGCGCAGGUAAGAGGUAAAGGUAAGAUCCUGGUGCCGCUUUAAUGUGACACCAGCGACAGGAAUGAUACCCCCGAGAUAUAUACGAUGGCAAAUCGUAGAAGGGAAGGAACGUGCGUGCGUGGCUGAACCGUUGAAGGUACAAUAGACUAUGUAAAUAUAGGUGCGGACCUAGUUUUGGGUUUGCAGGAGGGCGACCGCAGGGUGACGACGGCAAUGCGUGGGUGGUUUCGUAGUGUGUACAAGUGUGAUUCUAAUAUGACAAAGAUUUAGUUUGAUAAGAUAUAGCAUGCGCGACAUGCGAAAUGCGUGUGCACUUCCGUGUGCACACCGGUACAGGAGGUGACACUCGACUAGCGGAUAGAGUAGAACGACUACAAUACCUUAGGGCGCGUGAAAGUGAUGCAGCGUUAUUGAAACCCCUUCUCAUGUAUACUAAUGUUUGGUAAAGUUGAAAACUGCUGAAAGGAUGAUAUAUGUAUGAUACAGUCAACUCGAACGAAGCGCAAAUGCAAAACUAUCUGGAGAAGUUUUCCAUCGAUUCGUAAAAACCAACACACAACAGAGUGUAGUAAACUGGUGGAUGUGCAACUCCGGCAUAAUGACACCCCGUAUGCUCCUACUCAUAGGAGCGCCCAGAAAGGAAAACAAAAUGGAAAUCCUAAAGAUGCAUAAGGUAGAUUGCACGUUGCCUCGAAAUGCCGAUAAAAGUAAACACAGUAUGUUUAAACAGCAGAACACACUGCCUCCGACCGAUGGCGCGUGAGAUGAUGAUAGGUAACAAGCAAAAAAGAACAGGAAACACAACUUUGCAAACAAAACAAUGUAACAAUUGCAUCAAGCACUAACGUUAAAUGAGCGAUAUUUACUAUCUGACAGAAACGAAAAGCAUAAUGUAGAAGGCGAAAGGACAAAACUAAAACACUACAAACGGAAACAACCUACAAAAAUGUUCUACCUCUAAUUGAAGAAGAAGAAAAAAAAAGUAUGUAAAACAAACAUUGAGCUCCUGUUGGUGGACAAUGCUAUCCAGAUUGAUUGAAUUUAUUGCUACCUGUCUGAGGUCAAAGGUUGAAUUAUAGAUGGGAUGUUGGCAGGAAGGGGCUUUCACAGAGCGUUCCUGUGGCACCGUGUUCUAGCUCCAUUCUUCUUAACUAUGUUACGUUAAACAAAAAAGAGUGAAGAAGAUUGUGGGAUAUGAAUAAAUUCAUAAACUAGUUUUGGCCGAACAAAAAUACCGAUUCUUUGUGCAAGGUUUUCAUUUUAAACGAUUAGCACAAAAAGUUGUUUGUUUUGUGUGUUUUACAUACAUUCGCCGUAGUGAUUGUUACAGGCAGAGCCUACAGCCGAAUGUUCUGCCAUUUCAAUGAGAGAAUUGUAAACAUGACCCAACCAGCUAAGAAGCAGCCGGGAACGAGGCGAUCUCAUUAUGCAGCUCAAUAUGUCUUUUUUGUGCCAUCUAUCUUCUGUUUUGCAUGUUGCCUCUUUUUCAGUAGUUUGUUGAAGUUGUGAACUAGUUUAACUAGUUCUGUUUUAUUAUAUGUUGCUACAAACAUGCUUUCACUUUUCGGUUGAACGAUCGUAUGUUUUUUUUUAAAUAUAUAUUGUCCUUCAAAAUUGAAAAAAAAGGUCCGGUCAACGAACUGCUUUCGUUUGUGAAUGCUAUAUGCGAUUGGUGCAUUGGAAAGCAUGAUAAAAUGAAAGAAGGAAGGGAAAGGUGAUGAGAAUAGAAGGCUAACGUGUCGAGCCAAUGGAUAUGUUAAACGAAACAAAAGUAGAAAUAACAUCGUUACGAUCGUUCGGAAGCCCCUAAGUGCAAUGAAUCCAACUUUAAGAAAGGAAGAAAAAUGGUAAUAAAAUCAAACGUUGCUAAAAAUGUAACUAUUAUGGUGAAGUUGACAUACAGAACAACAAAACAAAAAACACACGUGCCCUUGACAAGUGGUAGUCAAAAAUACACAACAAACACAUAAAGAUUCUUCUUUGCAUAGCGAGCAUCAAUUAGUUUACAAACGAUAAUGGCCUGGAUGGCAAACGGAAUAGUUUCCAUAUUAUUUUUUUUCAAAGGAUCACAUUUUCUUCAAAAGAUAUACCCAGCUACUACAUGCAUGGUGAGAGCACCGCUAGCCCACUAACAUGAAAACUACUUGUGCCUUUAUCUGUUUACCGUUUUGCCGAUCUAGUUCUGCAGUGGUAGUCGAAGAAAUGUCUACAGCAUUUUCAUGGAAUAGUUCUUUUACAAGUGGUAUGGUUUUGUUGCAAGCCACAAUUGUUGGUCGCUAUAAUUGUAACACGAUUGUAAUACACGUUUAGUUUGUCACGUUAGAGUGAAUAUUUUGUGUCGCUUUUGUUCGGCUGUGAUGGCUUUUGUUUUGACGAGGUUAUUAGUUUCUUAUUUUGAAGCUAUUUCUGCUCACGAUCAAAUGGUUUUAACUGAAGACGUCUUGUUUGAUACAAGUUUUACGCAACUAUGAUCGAAGAAUCUACACGCUAAACGCCUACCCAAACAGAAGGAGCUCAAUUCGAAAGAGAGAAGUAGCGACGUGACCUGGCACAAAAUGUAGCGGAAAAGCAGAAACGCAGAGUAAAAAAAACAAACCAACCCGAUGCAUCGAUCAUCAUAAAACAUAAACGACGAUAAGCCGAUUUAGAAGAAAAAGGAAAGUCACAAAAAGUUUGCAGUUUGACGAUUGAGGAAUGAUUGAGUAUAAGAAACAAACUAUAUACUUUAUAGAUUUAUCCCUAUUACGAAGUGUAAAUGAGUUGCAUCAUUUUAUGAAUAAAAAGCAGAUCCACUAUUUUUAAGUAAAUGCAAAA